CCCAGCAGCAGUGUGGGGAGACGACUAUCAAGAGUCCAAUGGCAGAGUGGCGGAGCAGAAGCAGCUUCAAUUGAAGAAGAGGAUGAGGAUGAGGAUGAAGAAGAGGAUGAGGAUGAGGAUGAAGAAGAGAAGAAGAUGAGGAGGAAAGGAAAGAAGAAGAAGAAGAAGGAAGAAGAUGAUGGUGAGGAAGAAGAAGAGGAUGAUGGUGAGGAAGAAGAAGAGGAUGAUGGUGAGGAAGAAGAAGAGGAUGAUGGUGAGGAAGAAGAAGAGGAUGAUGGUGAGGAAGAAGAAGAGGAUGAUGAGGAUGAUGGUGAGGAAGAAGAAGAGGAUGAUGGUGAGGAAGAAGAAGAGGAU